AUGAGUAGAAGUCAUUCUAUCCUGUCCCUCCUCCCCCGACUACCUACUUCCUCAAGUCGCGAAGGAAACAACCGAUCCCACUCCCUGGAUCAUGGAGAAAAACUCCAUCUCCCUUCCAAAAUCCAGACAGCGGCGAUGGAGAAUGUGGUAUCCGGAUUCUGCCACAGGCCAAUUACGACACCCAACCAAACAAAGCGGGGUGGAAUUUACUCGCAACUCCACGACUUGACGCCAUUCAUUAUUUCACAGUCGACUAUUAAUAACUACAAGGGUAUUAUCGACUGGCAAUCGACUCUGCUCAUUCUCUGGGCCUGA